AUGGCCGACGACGGCAGAAACGGAGACGGCGUCACCGCCACUGACUGCGACGCCCAUCAGCACCGCCGCAAUCUCAAACGAGCAAGAGACUCAAGUGAAAAUCUAGACUCAAUCAGCUCUUUGCAUGAUGUGCUUAUCCAACAAAUCCUCUCCUUUCUCCCGACUAAAAUAGCCAUGCGCACUUCGGUCUUGUCCAGACGAUGGAGGCAUGUAUGGCCCAAUACACCUUCCUUGUCCUUUGAUUUUGAAGGAUUUAGUAAUAUACGAAAUCUGGCUGAUUUCAUAAACGAAACCCUAGCUCGCUACACGGCUCGUAAGAUGAUGAGAUUUCACCUCGAUUCCAACCACGUGAGACACUGUCCUCCUCACGACAUGAACAAUUGCUCCGUGUCUUGGACAUCAUUGAAGAAACUUUCAUUGCAUUCUUGCUAUAUCUCUGAAGAAUCGCUUGCAACGAUUCUAUGUGGUUGUCCGAUCCUCGAAAUAUUAAGAUUGUAUUGCCUAAGUCAACCAACGUUUCUUGAUCUCAGCAAGUCACCGCGUCUGAGAGUUUUAAAAAUCAAGCGUCGCCUUUUGGUUACAGGGGCAACACACAUUGUUGCACCACAUAUACAUGACCUCAGAUUGACAAACUCUCAGUUACCUUGUACCUUAGUUGAUGUCUCGUCUUUAACCAAAGUUAAACUAGACAUUGACUUUUGUCAAGUUACGGAAGAACUCGACGCUCGUUUUCUUCAAAUUAUGGCGCUAGAAAUGCUAGAGAAAUUGAAGAAUGUACAGAAGCUUACUUUUGGGGAAAACUUUCGUAAGAUUUUAUCCCUUGUGGAACUUCGAGGUGUUUCUUUACCGAUACUCAAGGCUCAAGUUUUGACGCUUAAGACAAGUAUCUCCCAGUAUGUAAUUCAUGGGAUAGUAAGGGUGCUACAAAACUCACCUCAACUAAAGAAGCUAACCCUACUAUAUAAUUCAAAAUGUGGCUUCAUACGGGAAGAUCUUCUUGACUACUACUUGGAAGCGCAUAGUUUGAAUUUGAAUCGAUGUUGGGUCCUUGGGGAAACUUGGCCACUAGAGUCAAAGCAUGUGGCUUCGCUCAUGAAAAUUAUGCUGCAAAACACAAAGACAUUAGAGAAGAUGGUCGUGAUUGGAUUGAAAGGUUAUUAUCCUAGAGGAAGAGCUUUUGAAGAGUUGCUUCAAAUGGUUCCAAUGCCCUCACACGACAACAAUGCAGCCAUUGUGUUCACCUAA